AUGAUUGGUACUCAUAAUUCUGUCACAUAUAAAACUUUUAUACUGGCUGCUCAAACACAGCAAUUGAACAUUACUGAACAAUUAAAAGCAGGUGUACGAGUAUUUGACCUUCGAGUACGUAGCAUUGAAAAUGUAUUUGCAAUGCACCAUAAUCUCGUAUACUUGGGAAUGAUGUUUGGUGAUAUAGUGAACCAAGUGAUAGAAUAUUUGAGAGAAUAUCCAUUCAAAUUUGUAAUAAUGUUCAUGCAAAAGGAGUACGUUAGUGAAGCGAGCACAAUGACAGAAUGUGAAAUUCUAGAAAACAAAUACAUUAAACCGCUUGGUUAUCUGUUUGUACAAUUUUGGUCAGUGUACGACAUUAUUGAAAAACAUCGGGGUAAUAUUUUGUUGGCUUGUGGUUAUAAUGGUUUUGGGAAAUAUGUAGCGACUUUGGCUUGCGAGCAGCAAAAUCAAUGGAAAAUAUCACCUAGUUUUACUCGUAGUGACAAAUGGAGUGCUAUAAUCUCUUUUCAAGAUAAAAUGUUCAACACUUAUUUCAAAUAG